AUGGGUCAAAGAUUUUCAACAGUCUACCUGUGGGCGGUGAUUCUUGUGGCUACACUCACUCAAGCAAUACCAAUGCCUCAAGCACUGCCUAUCCCUGAAAAUCGAUUAGCACCUAUACAGCAUCGAUUAGCUUUGGCAGGUUCAGGAGGGAUGGCAGUAUCAUGGAACACUUAUACAAAACUAGACAAAGCAGAGGUAUUCUAUGGAACAAAACCAGAUCAGUUAACAAAUGUUGCUGGGUCAUACGAUUCAAGCACUUAUCCUUCAUCCACUACAUUUAGCAAUCAUGUUAAACUCUCAGGACUUGCACCAAAUACAGUUUACUAUUACCGGGUAUCGCACACACUAAGCAACGCACCGGUAAUGAAUUUUACAACUCCACCAGAAACAGGAAAAAGCCCAUUGGUAUUUGCAGUUGCUAUAGACUUGGGGACCAUGGGACCUCUGGGACUUAGUGAAACUACUGGUGAGGGUGAUGGUGGAGCACUGCUUCCUGGUGAGCGUAAUACUAUUGACGCUUUAGCUGCCAAUCUGGGAAAGUAUAGUUUUGUGUGGCACCCUGGAGAUAUUGGAUACGCAGAUUAUUGGCUCAAAGAACAAGUCCAUGGGUAUCUCCCGGAAGUUCCUGUUGAAGAAGGAUUCAAGGUAUAUGAAUCAAUUCUUAAUACCUUUUAUGAACAAAUUUCGAAAGUAAGUGCUUAUGUUCCAUACAUGGUAGGUCCUGGAAACCAUGAGGCCAACUGUGAUAAUGGUGGGGUCAAAGACAAAAAAAAAGGGAUUGCAUAUACGGUUGAUAUUUGUAUUCCUGGGCAAACAAAUUUCAGUGGAUAUCAAAGUCAUUGGCGCAUGCCCAAUGAGGAAUCUGGUGGGUUCAAAAAUAUGUGGUAUUCCUUUGACUAUGGCCCUGUGCAUUUUGUACAAAUCAAUACUGAGACUGAUUUUGGUCGAGGUAUCAUUGCUCCAGGAGAACCAGGAGGAAAUGGUAAAGAGUAUGCAGGUCCCUUUGCAAGGUAUGCAGACGAGCAACAAGACUGGCUUGAACGUGAUCUUAAAAACGUGGAUCGGUGUAAAACACCUUGGGUCAUUGUUGCUGGCCACCGUCCGUGGUAUGCUGCGGGAAAAGACGGGUGUAGUGAAUGCCAAGAUGCAUUUGAAGCGGUGCUUGUAAACCAUGGUGUAGAUGUGGUAGUCUUUGGCCAUGUUCAUAAUUACCAACGUUUUGAUCCCAUGAAGUUUGGUGAGGUGGAUCCCCGAGGACUCAACAACCCGUCGGCACCAUGGUAUUUGCUGAAUGGAGUAGCUGGGCAUUAUGAUGGCAUGGAUAAGUUUGAAGGCAAAAAGGGUAAGCAAUUGGAAAAGCCGACCGGGUUCAAGGUUGGCUUUGACGAUACGUAUGGGUGGUCGCGAUUCAUUGUGCACAAUUCAACUCACCUGACGCAUGAGUUUGUGGCUAGUCGGAAUGACAGUGUAUUAGACAAAGCUACGCUUUUUAAGCAUCGGAGCAUGCCCACAGAAUGUUCUUCUAGGGCUGCUACGGGGCUGUCGGCAAUGGGGGCCGAAAACGAGAGUGAGAGCGACUUUACAAGCAUUGUUGACGCUGUGAGAAACCCCGACGUGUCAGACGGCAUAGAUGGUUUUGAUAGUGCACACAAUGUUGUUGUAGCCAAGAUGGCCAAGACUGCUCAGAGCGGAGGUACCGGGCGUGCAAGUCGCCAAAGUAGCCCGUUGGGGAUGAUUGUUGCCAUAGCUGCAAUUCUUAUGCUGCUGUAA